AUGAAAAUCAAAGCUCUUUCUCGCCCUACGGCGUCGCAGCAGGCCCCCGGGUCCUCUGUCAUCCGCCAGGCGCGGAAUCUUGACCCGGCUCAGCAUCCAUUUGAGCGGGCCCGUGAAUAUACUCGUGCUCUGAACGCCGUCAAGAUGGAGCGCAUGUUUGCUGCUCCAUUCUUGGGUCAGAUGGGUGACGGUCAUAUCGACGGUGUCUACUCCAUGGCCAAAGACCCCGGCUCACUUGAGCGCUUUGCAAGCGGCAGUGGUGACGGUGUGGUGAAGGUGUGGGAUAUGACGACCCGCGAAGAAAUCUGGAAUACCCAAGGACACGAAAACAUGGUCAAGGGAGUCUGCUGGACGCCCGAGCGGAAGCUGUUGUCCUGCGCAAGCGACAAGACCAUCAAACUCUGGGAUCCGUACAAUUCGACACCCGAAGCGCCUCCUAUGGCAACUUACCUUGGUUCGAGCGCUUUCACUGGUGUCUCGCACCAUCGCAACCAUCCUUCAUUUGCCGCAUCUUCGUCAGUGAUUUCCAUCUACGAUCUUUCGAGACCUUCAUCCACCCCCUCCCAGACUCUGCAUUGGCCGACCAGUGUCGACACCAUCACAUCAAUUGCAUUUAACCAGACUGAAACGUCCAUUCUCGCUUCAACUGCUAUUGAUCGCUCGAUCAUCAUGUACGAUCUGCGUACUUCCUCGGCAGUGCACAAGUUGGUUUUGAACCUGGCGUCUAACGCUAUUGCUUGGAACCCUAUGGAGGCUUUCAACUUUGCGGUUGCCAACGAAGAUCACAACGCUUACAUCUUUGAUAUGCGAAAGAUGGACCGCGCCCUCAAUGUUCUGAAGGAUCACGUUGCUGCCGUUAUGGACAUUGAGUUCAGCCCUACUGGAGAGGAUCUGGUGACCGCAUCCUACGAUCGAACAGUCCGUCUUUGGAAGAGGAACAAAGGCCAUUCUCGUGACAUUUACCACACCAAGCGGAUGCAACGUGUCUUCUCCGUCAAGUUCACCCCUGACAAUAAGUACGUCUUGUCCGGCUCCGACGACGGCAACAUUCGUCUAUGGCGUGCAAAUGCCUCGGAUCGCAGUGGAAUUCAGAGCUCCCGCCAGCGCACUAAGCUGGAGUAUGACCAGGCUCUUAUCAAACGGUACGGACACAUGCCCGAAAUCCGCCGCAUCAAGCGCCAGCGUCACUUGCCCAAGCCUAUUAAGAAGGCUGGUGAGAUCAAGCGCGACGAGCUUUCUGCGAUUAAGAGACGUGAGGAGAAUGUGCGGAAGCACACUUCCAAGGCCAACCUGAAGUCGAGGAAGAGCGAACGUGAAAAGAUGAUCCUGGCCCGGGAGCAAUAA